CUCAACCUUUUUAUUUUUAUUUUUAGAAAUUCAGUAAACAAAUAGAGGUCAUCUCUUAUUUUGCAUUUCAAACUCCUACCUUAUUCUCCUCCUACAUAUUAUCUUAUUACACAUAUUCUUAUUCAUGCCCACAAACACCAGCCUCAGCAACACUAAGGACAUUGCAUCCCCCACGGCCAGUUCCUCCGCAGGUGGGGUACCGGGUCCCACGAGCCCUGCUGGAAACACCAAGGCGUAUGACGAAAAAAUGGAUUCCUCAAAACCCUCCUCCUCGGGAACACUCAAACCGCCAGCUCCUGGGGGUAGAAGAAUGAGAAGCGCAAGCAACAUUGCUUUGGUCGAAAUCCCGCGCGCACCCACGGCCAAUAUUAACGAGCGUCCGAUCCAGAGAGCCAUCAGAGAAACGGCCAAUAUCGAGCCUGGACCCGUAGUCAUUCCCAAACCAGCAGCAGCUGUGGAGGCGGUUGGAAAAACUGACAAGCCAGCGGAACCUGUUACUUCGGAAGGCCCUGCUGAGAAGACGGAAUUGGCGCCUGCCGAGAACCUGCACGAACCUGCUGUUGAAAAAAUCGAGCAAAGGCCCGUUGAGUACGCAGUGAGGGAGAGUAUCCGCAGGCCAUUGGUCGCAGUAGAGGAAGAGGAGGAAAAUGUUAACAGUGUUUCUGCCCAAGAGAAUGUCCAGGAUCCUCAGGGUACUCAGGGUGCUCAGGAUGCUCAGGAUGCUCAGGAUUUCGAGCAGCCGGCGCAGCCUGUAUUGCAGGAGAGUGGCCCUGACGUCAUGGCCAAGCCCCGCUCGGUGCUGGAAAUCAAUGCGGCUGUCGACGUGGUUCCUGUCACCGCCGUUUUAAUUACUGUCGACAAGGCAAUUGAAGCAACGGCAGAGGAGAGCGACAAAUUUGAUCAAGACAUGGAUGUUGACAAGAGCGACGCUGAGGCCAAGCCCCCCGUUGUUGAUAUUAUUGUUGAUGAGCACAUAGAUAUUGUCUCCGAUCUUGCUGAGAAGACACCUGCCAGUGCCAAAUCCAUUAAGGAGCCUUUAGCUGAUGAGCCUGUGGAUGUCGAGAUGACUGGAAGCCAGGAGGAUGGUGCUGAUGGCGCACGUGUUGUUGCUAGUGAUCCCGCGCCAAGCACAGCGGAGACCACCGAGCAGCCGACUGAACAGGCAGAGGAGGCGCCCAAGGACAGCGACGCACAGGGCAAUAAGAACACCAAUUCCAAUGAGGCAGCACGGAAGGUCUCCGGCGCAGAGGCGGAGACAGCGGCAGCGGCAGCAGAGUCUGCCGAGGACAUUGGCAUGGACAAACCCCGUGUUCAGAUUUACGGCUCCACAGUGUCUGGCAACCGCACAUACAAGAGGCAGGCGCGCGACCUGUUUGCGAUGCUGGAGGCCAACGAAAUUGACUUUGAAUUCAUUUGCCUUGCUGUUGACGAGCAGGCGAAGAAGUAUGUGCGGCGGAAGGCGCUGGGAAAUAUGACUAUUCCACAGGUUUAUGUGGAUGGGGACUUCAAGGGUUUCUUUGAGGAUGCGUUCAAGGCCAACGAAGGAGAUGAGCUGUAUGAGUGGCUGGGAUUGGACGAAGAGCCUUUUGAGUAUUAAAAAGCAAAAGAUGCUCAACGCUUUUUUUUCUACUUGAAAAUUUUUAUCUCUCUUGUUUUGUUGAAUAAAGGAUGAGACUUGUUUAUGCCUCCGGGUCAGACAUUUUGGA